AUGAAAUGCAUCAAGAUUGUAGGUCAAAAUAGCUGCGUAAAAAAAGAGGAAGAGCUGUGGGAUUACAUGUCGUCCAAGAGAGUGAAUUUCCCGGUUCUGUAUAAAGCGUAUUCGCAUCUUCGUACGAAGAACUGGGUGGUUAGGGCGGGGUCUCAGUACGGAGUUGACUUUCAUUCCACUCUUAAUCUCUGUGGCAGUGUUGCAAAAACGUUGUUGGUUCUCCACAUUAGCAGAAACUGUAACGAUUUUGACGGUGCUAGUUCUUCUCCUUGGAAUAUUAAUUAUUACAGCGUCGAGGAAAGAAUCGUUGCCAGGUGGAAUCGCGAGCAAAGCCGGGAGAAUUGUACGGUUGUAGAGAAGGAAUCGUUUACUAUGUUGUAA